UGAUGUGUUCCUGACAAGACAUAUCGACAAUCAAACAGGCCCACAUUUCUUCCAGUUUAUGUACACUUUCAUUUAUGUACAUAUUGAAUCGCAUGAGAAGGCAUCUAUAUACGUAUAUAUAUGUAUGUAAUUUAUGAACAUACAGAACAAUCCUAUAUACGCAUGCGCACUAGAAAUUGGUUCUCGAAACACGCAGUGGUCAACAGUGGUUUCGUAUGUACAUAUUGUAGGUACAUCUGGGCUAAUCUCCUAUGUUUUAAAGGCAUCUAUCAAGAUUAGCAAAAUGGUUUUGCUGGAAAAUGAAGCGUUUCUAGUCGAGCUAACACGACUAUUCGAUAAAUCCCGUUUUUCUGGUUCAGUAGUACUCACUAUUAAACGAUUUAAUGGACACAAUAAGCCAGUACCCAGGAAAGGAAGGCCGCCUCUACCCACACCAAAUGAAUUUUUUUGUUUAGUGAGAGCUACUUUAAAAACCAAAAAAAUAUCUACUGUUAUUCAUUCCAAGGAUGUAAAUAAGUUUCAACAAGCGUACUGGAAUUUAUUAAAAUCAAAAGUUAAUGGUCUCAAGAAGUUAAAAAAAGUGAAAUCUGCGAAGCGUAAGAUUCAUUGACAUUAUAAUACAGACUGUUAUAAUAUAUAAAUAUAUACAUAUAUAAUAAUUAAAAUUUUUGUAUAACACGAUACAUGUUUUUCUAAUGUAUUAUAUUUAUGAUACUGCCUACAAAAUAUAUUACAUUUUGUGUAAAUAGUACCAAACAAA